AUGUCUUGGGACAUUCAAGAUCGCCAUCUAUGGAUCGGCUUUGGCGUCUUUCUGUUUGUCGCUGUCAAAGGGAUUGAAAGAUGCCUUCGAACUACCGCCCAACUAAGCGAGAUCUAUGAUCCCGACCAUGCAAAGGCUGCCAAUGGCACUCAGGCAGAAGAUUCGAUAAGUCUUGAAGCCUUGUCGACUUUGGUCACGUCGUCGAAUCAGGACAUCUCCAAUUCUGCGACAUCUUUGAUCCUCUCCCGCUUCGCUCAAGACGACUCGGCAACCUCAUCCUUGACCACCGAUCUCUUCUCCUCCUCGACAGACACACGUCUGCGCGCAAAACGUACCCUAGACCUCUUUGACAGCUUGGCCAUCGACCUCUACCCUCUGAACGACUCUCUCGUUUCUACGCUCCACGAGAAAUCCAACCCUACAGUGCAAGUAAUGUGUCGAGCGUACUUGAAAGCAGCCAGAAAGUACCGCCAAGGCAGACUAGCAAGUCUAGUAGAAAUUGCAGAUGCUGUCGAAGAGUCAACAAGGAUCACUCAUGGUAAUCUGAGGCAAGCGCACAGAUAUCCAGAAACACAUUUUGUGUUUCCGCAGCAGGGUGAGAGUGCUGAAGUGAGGUUUCAACCUGUGUCACAGAGGGUAGAAUCGUUGGUGGAUAUGUUGGCAGAGCAGGCUGUAAUGACGCGUCCGAUGGUGAGGUUUGCUGCUCCUGGUGAUCAAAGCAGUGGUGUUCCUUCCUCAACGACGUCUGAGUUGCCGGCCUUGGAUGAGAUGGAUGUUGUGGAUGAUGAGGCUCCGCAUGCUGCUGCCAGAGCAAGGUUUCAAGCUUCUACCAAUCACGAGGCUGAGGUCAGAAGGCACAGGAGAGAAGCCAUGGUCUUGCAUGAAGGCGGUGGCAAUAUUGGAAGUGAGGACAUCAUUCAUCCUCGCACAGAUAGUCGAUCCUGA